GGGCUGAGCGCGGCACGGGCGGCGGCGGAGCACGGCGCUGCCCGGUUCGGAUGCCGGCAGGAUGGCGCUGCUCCCCGUCGUGGCGCUCUUGGCUCUGUGCCCCCUCCUCGCCCGGCCAGACCAGCCUCCUGUCACCGUCACGGUGACAGCGGCCAUCGGCGAGGACGCCUGCCUGCCCUGCGGCACGCAGCCCUGGGGUGACCUGCGCGGGGUCACCCUCAGCUGCACCCACCAGGCCGGCGGCCACCACGCCGUCCCCGUCCUCAGCCACCGCCUGGGCUGGCAGCCGCCGCCCCCCGAGCCGGGCUGGCACCCGCCCGUGCAGCCCGACAGCCGCUUCAGGGGCAGGGUGGCCUUCUGCGCCGCGGGGACAGGGGACAGCGGCGUGUCCCUGCUGCUGAGGAACCUCAGCGAUCCCGAUUUCGGGAAUUAUUCCUGCUACGCCGCCCGCGCCGCCGCCCCGGAGCUCCUCUGCUCCCUGGUGCUGCAGCCCGCGGUGGCAGAGGUCCCCAAGGCCACGGAGCCGGACAUGCUCAUGGUGAUUUGUGUCCUCACGGCUGCCUUCACCGCGGUGGCCAUCGGGGUGCUGGUGUGUGCCCGCUGCCAGGGCCACUGCUGGGGGCGCACAGCGCGGGGCCCAGCCCAGGAGCCCGCAGCCGUGGCUGCAGGGGAAGAAGGAGAGGUGGCCUUGGGUGACAUCAAGAGUGCCAGCACCUGAGGCCACCCCCAGCUGGACAGGUCCUCGUGUGACACCGGGGCAGGACACGGCCCCAACUGGCCCAAUGGGGGGGACAGGGCUGGGGCAAUGUUCUGGGGUGGGGGUGCAGGAUGGGUUUGGGGGGUGCAUGAUGGUUUGGGGUGGGGGGCUCUGCUCGGACCCCCGGGGAUGGGCAGGGGACAGCGCAGGGGGUCCGAGCUGUGUCCCCCCUUGCCCUCCAGGGGACACCCAAACCCAGGGGUCCCAUGGCUGGGGGGGGACAAACCCUGAGACCCCAAAUAAAGAGUGUUGCUCCAGA